AAACUAUUCGUUUUGUUUCAGUUGUCCUGGAAACUGGGGUCGAGAGCCAAUCAGAGGCGGCCUGACCCUUCCUCAUUAAUAUUAACAAGCAGGAUGUGAGUAGGUCGCGCGGUGAGGCUGGCGGUGCGCAGGCGCGACGAUCUGCCUCCAACAACAAGAAGCAGGAGCCAGGCAACAUGGCCGACCUGGGGAAGAAGUACUGCGUGAACUGCCUUGCAGAUGUUACAAACCUGCGGCUUCGCUGCACUGACUGCCCCGAUAUCGAGCUGUGUCCGGAGUGCUUCUCGGCGGGCGCAGAAAUUGGUAAUCACCGGAGAUGGCACGGCUACCAGCAAGUCGACGGCGGUCGGUUCUCUCUCUGGGGUCCCGAGGCAGAGGGAGGAUGGACCAGCAGGGAAGAGCAGUCGCUACUCGAUGCUAUCGAGCAGUAUGGAUUUGGAAAUUGGGAGGACAUGGCUGCUCACGUUGGAGCAUCCCGAACUCCUCAGGAAGUCAUGGAACACUAUGUCACCAUGUACAUCCAUGGAAAUCUUGGAAAGGCCUGCAUCCCAGACAGCAUUCCAAACCGGGUGACUGACCACACCUGCCCCAGUGGAGGGCCUCUGUCACCUAGCCUCACUACCCCGCUCCCUCCACUGGAUAUCAGCCUGGUUGAGCAGCAGCAGCUGGGCUACAUGCCUCUACGUGACGACUACGAGAUUGAAUAUGACCAGGACGCAGAGAAGCUUAUCAGUGGGCUGUCUGUGAACUACGAUGAUGAGGAUCUGGAAAUUGAAAUGAAACGUGCUCAUGUGGAUAUGUAUGUGCGUAAGCUCCGAGAACGGCAGCGACGUAAGAACAUCGCCCGAGACUACAACCUGGUGCCUGCAUUCCUGGGCCGAGACAAGAAAGACAAGGAGAAGGAAAAACCAGGAACACUGGGAGUCAUAGGUGUUGCUGGUAGUGUGGGUGGGGCAGGACCUGGUGGUGGCAUGGUUGGAUCAGGCUCCACAACAGGAGCAGUAUCAGGUCCUGUUCCGAGUACACCCAAAAGAAAGAUCACAAAGGAGGAGAAGGAACAGCGGGUUAGGCUGCGGGGGCUCUGCCAGUUCAUGGCCCAUCGAGAAUUUGAAGACUUUUUUGAGAACAUGCAUAAAGAGCGUGUGCUGAGGGCCAAGGUCCGUGAGCUGCAGCGCUACCGCCGCAAUGGCAUCACUCGCCUGGAAGAGUCUGCUGAAUACGAAGCAGCACGUCACAAACGGGAGAAACGCAAGGAGAACAAAAGUGUAAUUACCUCUAAACGGGGCAGUGGAGGAGGGGGUGGCCUUGGCUCUGGGAUGGGAGGAGGGGGUGGGGCUGGAGGAGGAGGAGGUGGCGUCUCUGGAGGGUUGGGCAUUGGAGGCGGGAUCAAAGAAGAGGGCAAAGAUGGUGAGUUUGCAGCCAUUGAGAAUCUGACAGGCUUUGAGUUGCUGUCAGACAGGGAGAAGGUGCUGUGUAACUCUCUAAACCUCAGCCCAGCACGCUACCUGACUGUCAAAACCAUCAUCAUCAAAGAUCACCUGCAGAAAAGGCAAGGUAUCCCGGCCAAGAGCCGGCUGCCCAGCUACCUUGACAAGGUCCUCAAGAAGCGGAUUCUCACCUUCCUCACAGAAAGUGGCUGGAUAUCCCGAGACGCCUCAUAGCUGGCCAUCUGUGAUCAGGAAGUAAGAAGUUGAUGGUUGCAGAUAGCUCUGUUGGCAGGACUGGCUGUCACCAUUUUUUCAAAGUGACCAUGUGAAUAUGUACAUUGCAAAGAACUUGGAUGCCCUGCUGAAGAAAACAUUUAUUUUCAUACCAGGGCUAGGAACAGAAAACAAGCAUUUAUUUUUCCAUUUGGAAUGGGACGGGGGUGAAAAACAAUGCUUUGGGUUCAAAGUGCUCUGUGUGCGUAUUCUUAAUACGUGAUGAUUACCACAAUCUUAACAAGUAUUGUGUUGUUGCAGAGAUAUUUUAGUGUUAUGCUAGCAGGCUCAUUGAGGAUGUACAUGGAUAAAUGUUAAACCGCAAAGCCAUUUCAUACUAAAAAGAAAGUGUGGUAAGACGAUCCGGAAUUUGUUGGGUCAGCAUGACACUGAUGUGUGACAGAAAUUAUCACUGUUGUAGCUGUAGAUGAAGUUGUAUUUUCAGGAUCUCUCAAAUUAAAAAUUUGUCAGCUGUGUUAAAGCUUAAAACAUUUGAAAGCCACCUUUUUGUAGAAAGUUUUAUGCAACUUCUGUAAACUCUCACCUCUUUAACCAUUUGAUCCCUUCUCACUGCCUAAAAGGGAAUGAAAUGAUAAAAGCAGCAAGGGUUUGACCAUCAUCUAGCUUUCCUGGGAGUGAGCCCUAGCUGCCUGAAUUCAAUUUGUAAGUCCAACAGUGAUAGGUUGAUGUAGCGCUAAACUUAUUAAUUAGCCGUGGUGAUACAUCUGCUGUUAGCUUGUCACUGAUACACACGUACUGGCACACAUGUCCAGUAAGUAACAAGUCAGUACAGAAUUGCCAAAGAAUAUUUUAAAGUGAUAGUUAAGAAGCAGCAUUUCCAUAAUGUAGUCGGUCCGCUAGAGAGUAAAAAAUCCUGCUUGGUACAUAUCAUUGUCAGGGCUUCCCCAUGUACGAAUGUUCGACAAAAAUAAGUUCUCUCUGACACUGUUUUGCAGGGCGAUGCUGUCCGCAAAAAUAUGUCAUCCCCUCAGCAAAUCAGCGAGAACAGCACAGGGAAGAGUAAAACAGUAAACAGAGAAACAGUUUAAACAUUGUUAUAAAAUAGUGAGAUUAUGUAUGAUUCUAGUAUCCAAUGUGAGAAAAUAAGUAUAGGCCUUAAAAUAUCUGUAAUGGUUGGGAUCUCAUUUGUAUUUCGUUUAUGUGUUUUAAUGCAUCAACAGAAACUCGUAUUUUUUUAAAGUGCUGCUUUGAAUUUGCCCCAAAUGUUUUUAUUUUUUAAAGAAGCACCAAGUGAAGUUCAGCUCAGAUUUAAAUGUGUCUGUAUGGUUCAGUAUAGGUAAAGAAGCAGAAUGUGUAAGGAAAGGCCACAGUUGUACCAAUUAUCAGUUUUUGUGUGUGCAUGACGGGCUGACAUUACUCCUCUUUAUCCUUUAAUUUUUUUGGCUAGUGUUACUCCUUACCUCAUUAGAUGCACUGGGGUUGACCAUAUCACAUGCACACAAACUAAUGAUAGGCUGCACGUAACACCUGGUUUGACACACCAUCUGGGAAGCUUUCAGAGUCACUACACUUUGUCUGGGAGGCUGAACCCUGAGAGCAGCACCGGUGACUCAUUUUCCUGCUUUUUUUUCUACCAGCCGAACUGAGCAGGGGCUACUGCGCUAUCUAGAUGUAAAUUAAGCUCUUGAAUCGACUGUCAUUUCACAGCUGGAACAGAAGAUCUCAAAUCACAGAGAAGGAAAGCAUGUGAAUACAAUGGCAUGUGUGCUAGAUUAAUAUUUUCUUUGCCUCAUAUUGGUCUUUUUGGGAUGAAAAGCAAGUGACAAGUGGUGGAAGCUCUGUUGUGAUAGGCACUGCCUUAAAAGGCGAGCUUUGCUUUUUUUGUGGUCAUGGAACUAGAGUUGUUACAAUACUGGAAUUUCAAACUAAUGACAUGAUUGGUGUGGAGACAGCAAGAAGGUGGGCUGUGUGGGCACUGUUAAGAGAGAGCACAGCUGAUAUCAGUGUACCGAUACUUAAGAAAAUGAGCAUUGAAACCUCCUGCAGUACUCAGAAUCAAUAUGUAUCAAAAAACCUUUGACCACACCAUAUCAAAGAGGAAUGUUGUGAUUCUGUUACGAUCCAGAGUAUAACAGGUUUAUCUGUAUUUCUCUGAUUGUCAACAAAUCUCAUGAAAAGACCAAAGCCCACAAUGAAUUGAUUCUAUGGUAUGAUAUUAACAUUAGUAACAUCAGUGAGCCACACACUGGAGUUUAUUUGGACUCAAUCCUAUAUAAAUCAUCUCGUUUCUAAACACCAACUCACUGUGUAUUAUUACAUAGUUGAAAAUAGUCCCCAACAAAUGCAAACGUAAUUUCUUCCUAUUUAGUAACAAUUGUUAGAAACUACAGUGCCCAGCUAUAUAGAUGUUCAUCUUCUAUUCCAACAGCCAGGCCUGUGCUACAGUCAGAGAAGUUCAAGCUGGAUUUGUCGAUGAUGAAAAAUAUUUAGGUGCUGCCAGUCUUAUCUUUUAAGAAUGUGAACUUCUUCAUCCAAGGGUUUUUCGGCUUGUGUUUUGACUCCAGGCCUUAAUUGUGCACGAGAACCACUGACCUCUUAAAAAAUGUUUUUUAAAAAAUCACCAUUUAAGGAGACUUUUAUUAUCAUACAUCCAACCUACAGAGUGGGUCACCUCUGGGACAUAGAGCUGUUUCUUGAGACUAUUGCUGCUGCAUUUUAACCCAUGGCCAACAUGCUUUGAUUAGAGUUUAAUGUAUAAGUAAACUGUAUUGGGUUUAUUGAAGAUUCUGAUAGAGCAGCAGGCCGGGCAAUUCAUGUGAUGCUGAGGGGGAAUCAGAACGUUCUAGAAAGGUGAUGCUAAUUUCCAGCCAACUAACCAAACAGUGAUAACCUUAAACUGUCAGUUGUAUUUGACGGUUCUCCUUUGUUUGAAUGUUUGUUCCUUUAGGUAGCCUAUAGUGAUUUUUAUUUCUCCAGAUUUUGACACUGUACUGUCAUUCUGCAUGUGCAACCAAAUGAUCCACAUUCUGUCUCGAAGAAAAAUAUGGCAAUCAUUUUCUUUAACAGUGAAAUGAAUAUGUUUUGUGGGGGGUGGGAUUUGCUUAGGUUAUGUCACCAAGUGUAAAUAAUUUUGUAAGAAAUUGGAAUAGAAACUAUAAUUGAUGACCUGUGAAAUGUACAGUAUUUUGUGUCAUGCUAUUUCUUUUAUAGGUUUUGUAAUAAAAAAAAAAAUUUGGAUUACAAAGAAGCAUUUUCUUAGGCAUUGGUUAUGGUGAUGGCAUGCUGUUGAGCUGUCUCUAAGGGUUAGGGUUAGGGGUUAUCGAGUUGUUCUGUUGUCCUCUUACUUUGUUUUUGCACAUGACGAGGUAUGUAUGGAGAUGUAUUAAAAGUGCAAAUACUAUACAAUU